AAUUAUAGCAUAUUUGAUAUUACUCUGAAACCACUUAAAAUAACAAUUGUCCACAUUACAAUUGGAGUACUGUUAUACUACAGCAACUGCAGUCUUAGCAACUACAAUGACCUCACAGCUAUUAAACAGUUAGGAAAUAACGUCUGGAGACCAGAUGUUGGAGCACCACGUAAUUUACUGGAAGCUACAUCUAUUUGAGACUAUUACAGCACUAAACAUUUACUAGAACACCCUCAAACCUUGAGGUACGACUGUUACCAUGCUUUUGACAUUCUUUUUUUUUGUUUUACUAUGGCAUGAGACAGUCACCUGGGGGCUGAAGAAUGGAGUACUGCACAACUCAAUAUGGUUAGAACAAGCAGCUGGUGUUUAUCACAGAGAGUCGCGCAAAGGAAAAUAUCAGCUCACCUUGAAAGAAGCUAAAGUGGUCUGUAACUAUGAAGGAGGCACCCUUGCAACGUAUAAACAAUUAGAGUUAGCUCAGCGUAUAGGAUUUCAUGUAUGUGCAGCUGGAUGGCUUUCAGGAGGGAGAGUUGGAUAUCCAAUAGUAAAACCUGGACCCAACUGUGGUGGUGGAAAAACUGGUAUAAUUGACUAUGGACAUCGAGUGAAUAAAUCAGAAUUAUGGGAUGCUUACUGCUACAAUCCACAUGCAAAACAAUGUGGUGGUGUUCUAACAGAUCCAGAACGGAUUAUCAAGUCCCCAAAUUUCCCAGAUGAGUAUGAGGAUCAACAAGUCUGUUACUGGCACAUUCGACUUAAAUACAAGCAACGCAUCCAAUUACAGUUUCUGGAAUUUGAUAUAGAAGAUGACCCAUCUUGCUUAUCUGACUACCUUGAAGUGUAUGACAGUUAUGAUGAUUUGCUAGGCUUUGUUGGCAGGUUUUGUGGAAACAAAUUACCAAGUGACAUCAUUAGUACAGGCAAUGUUAUGACUCUGAAGUUCUUGUCAGAUUCUUCAGUUACAGCUAAAGGUUUCCAACUUACUUACAAGGCCAUCAUGCCAUCUACUCCAGCCUCAACUGACCAGACAGAAGACAGCAAAAGUGAAAUAAAUUACACUGUUUCCUAGGCAGUCAAACGAAACUCACUGUUUAAUGAAUUCAGUUAAUUGUCUCGAAAAUGAUCACAGAUAACUUGGAAUCUCUUAUAUCCAAUUCUUAACCUAGCAUCAAACACAAACUUGAUUUAGGUUUAGUUUUUCUUCAUAGUAGAGUUCCUUACAUUUUCCACAUUUUCUCUAUAACUGGUUAAAACAUAAUGCACAGACUAGCUACUGACAGAAAAGCUCAUGUGUGUAACUGUUAUUUAGUUUGAGAAAACAAUCUAGGAAUAUUCAAUGCCCCUCUAUCUGAUAUUUAAUUAUCUUAUUUAAAAGAUAGUCUGUCUGUCUAAUCUAAAUAUAUCAACAAAAAAACACCACCACUUUCAAUAUAUGUCUCAAUUCCUGAGUCCAAGGAAAUCAGAGGUAUUGAGCUUUCCUUUCAUUUGUUUUUCUUAUUUUUGUCAACCAAGUGUCCAGUUAACUUGCUAUUCCCCCAA